CGACGCCUGAGAGCGACGCUUGCAGCUGAUAUACCGCUGGCUCAAAAAUGGAGAGCGACACCACUGUCAGGAGAAUAAAACCCUUCGGGACACAGAAUUAUGUAGCGCAGGACAACGACGGUUCCCGGGUCCGGUGCGGGGAUAACGGCUACAAUGGUGACCCGAAGAGGAAGCCCGAAGUGAGCCUAUAUCUGCUGCGGGAAGGGCUGGCAGCUUCCCUGGUCUCUGUGUUUAUUUUGGUGCUGUGGGGACUUGUUCAUUUGUCGUUACAGCAGCUCGUCAUUGGAAAGCCAACAGGCGACUUCAACGCAGUGAGAGCAAGACGGCACUUGGAGCAGAUCACCAGCGUUGGCCCUCGGCCAGUGGGCAGCCAGGAGAAUGAAGUCCUGACAGUCAGCUACUUGUUGGAGCAGAUUGAGAGCAUCCGGGCAGAGACCGCAGCGGGUCCCCAUCAGCUCACGGUGGAUGUGCAGCGUCCCACUGGCACUUUCUCCAUUGACUUUCUUGGAGGCUUCACCAGCUUCUAUGACCGUGUCACCAACAUUGCUGUCAGGCUGGAGCCUAAGGGUGGGACGCAGCAUCUCAUGCUAGCCAAUUGCCACUUUGACACAGUGGCUAACAGUCCAGGUGCCAGUGAUGAUGCAGUGAGCUGUGCAGUGAUGCUGGAAGUCCUCCAUUCUCUGGCCAACCAGUCUACUCCUCUUCAUCAUGGAGUUAUCUUCCUCUUUAAUGGGGCAGAAGAAAAUAUCCUUCAGGCCAGUCACGGUUUCAUUACUCAGCAUCCGUGGGCCAAGCAGGUGCGGGCUUUCAUUAACUUGGAGGCUGCAGGUGUUGGGGGCAAGGAAGUUGUUUUUCAGACAGGUCCAGAGAACCCGUGGCUGGUCCAGGCCUACGUUCACGCAGCGAAACACCCCUUUGCCUCUGUGGUCGGCCAGGAGGUCUUCCAGAGUGGCAUCAUCCCCUCUGACACUGACUUUCGCAUCUACAGGGACUUUGGUAACAUUCCAGGCAUUGACUUGGCUUUCAUUGAAAAUGGUUUCAUCUAUCAUACUAAGUACGACACUGCUGACAGGAUCCUGACAGACUCGAUACAGAGAGCCGGCGACAACAUCCUGGCAGUCCUGAGGUACCUGGUGACGUCAGAGAAGUUAGCCGAUUCCUCAGAGUAUCGUCAUGGCAAUAUGGUGUUUUUUGACCUGCUGGGUGUGGUUGUGGUGGCUUACCCAGCCCGCGUUGGCACCAUCCUCAACUACAUGGUAGCCACAGCCACCUUCCUCUAUCUGGCAAAGAAAGCCUCACUGCCAGGCAAUGGAGGUGGACGCUAUGUUCGAGAACUGGCCUGUGCGACAGGCGUAGCAGUCCUGAGCUGGUUCAUCACCCUGCUGUCAGUGCUGAUUGUCGCUCUGCUUGUCACUCUGCUGGGCCGCUCCAUGUUUUGGUACAACCACUUCUACGCUUCCAUCUGCCUGUAUGGUGCUGCUGCCACGGGAAAGAUGAUCCUCGUUCACACGCUGGCCAAGAACGUGUACUAUGGAGGUGUCCGUUUGGUGGAGCUGGGCGAACUCUACUUUGACGUGAGCUUGUUGCUGUGGUGCUGCAGCCUAGUGUGGCUGACCCAGCAGGGCCUGUGUUCAGCCUAUGUGCCCAUGCUAAUGGUGGCCUUCCCCCUGGCCACCAGACUGAUGCUGGCGAAAGAAUUUAAACACAGAGGAGCAUCAGUGAAGUAUAGUGUGCUCUAUCUGUUGGGCCUGGCAUUGCCUUACGUCCACUUCAUGUUCCUCAUCUGGGUGGUGUUUGAGAUUUUCACACCCAUAAUGGGUCGCAGCGGCACCGAGAUACCUCCUGAAGUGGUGAUGGCCUCCCUGGUCACCCUAGCAACCAUUUUUCUCUCAUCUUUCUUUCUGCAUUUUAUCUACUUGGUACGGAGCACUAAGUGGAUCCUGGCUGGCCUGGGCUCGGUCUUCAUCGUCAUGUUCCUGUUGAUGUCCUGUGGCCUCCUCUUUCCUUAUUCAGGCAAUCCUGACAGCCCGCGGCCGAAACGAGUCUUCCUUCAGCAUACGACACGGACCUUCCACAAUCUCCAGGGCCAGGUGGAGAGCAAAGACUCAGGUCUGUGGAUCAACAGUUUUGACUACACAGGCAUACAGCACAUCCAACCACAUAUCCCCGAGAUCAAUGACAGCGUUCGCACCAGCUGCCAUGAGGACCGGCCCUUCUGUGGUUACCCCUGGUUCCUACCUGUGAAGUUCCUCAGCAAGAAGAACUGGUACCUUCCUGCUCCAGAGGUAUCUCCCAGCUCUCCUGUGGAGUUCAGCCUGCUGUCGAGAGAGGAGACCAGCUGGGGGACGAUCAAGAUGACCUUCAGUGUGAAAGGUCCCAGUCACAUGUCCCUGUAUCUGAUGCCUCACCGAGGAGCCAGCCUCUCCACCUGGUCCUUCGGUGACGGGACACCUCAGUUCGACCUGAGCGGAGAAUAUUUUGUCUUCUAUUCCCACGGCCUUGAUGCCCCUACGUGGACUUUCUGGUUUGAAAUACAGCCUCCCAGAGAUCCGGACCCAUCAGGCCCUGAGGGGAUGAUCUCCGUUGCCAUCUCUUCCCACUAUUUCUUCGGACAAGAUAGAAGGACUGCUCAACUGGAGGGAAUCCUCCACAAGUUUCCCACAUGGGCUUUCCCUUCAUCUUGGGUCAGUACCUACGACAUGUACCGAUACUGAGGAUGCCACACAUCACAGAGGCCGACGCUGAGGAGAGCUGAGGGUUGCAGGGGCCCCAGAGUGAGAUAGAAAAGAUUUCAAGGAACAAUACUGAGGACCAGCCCUGACGCCUUUUCUCUCUGACACAAACGCACACUCUAACACACACUCACGCUCCCUCCCAGCCUGCCUGAGAGACCCCCAUCACUGUGUCAGUAGGCUUAGUAGCUAACCGAGCAGGAAGACGCGCUGAGACACGCCAGAGGUAAGCCGAUCCGCUUACGGACUUGACUAACUCAAUGACCGAUGCACUGGCCACCGCAAGCCUCGUGCUCACUCCUGGGUUAGUGAAACAAAGGGGUUAAGUUUUUUUUUUUUGUACUCAAUCUGUCGUGCCUUUGCUUUACUCAAUCCAUCUCACUCCCCUUCUCACUUUCCCUCUUGCUCACUUCCUCCUGUUCUUCCUCUCUCAUGCUUCCUGAAUGAAUAACGUCGCAUGGCUACUUCCCCUGCUCUCUCUUUAUCAGCAAACCACUCGGGCCAUUCUCAGACUAGAUGCGUCUCUGGCUUCCUCUGCAGAAAUGACACCACCACUAUAUGCACUGUAGGAGUAGUAACAUACUGAUAGAUCCGUUUUGGAGGGGAAACAAAGACAGCAGUUUUUGUUCGACCCCUCUUCCGACUUUAACUGGAAACUUUGACACUUUGAAAGUCACUUUUCAUCAACAUGCACUCGUUCAUAUUCUGAGCAAAUAGUUUUCGUAUUAACUGUGAAAUUGCUCAUUAUCAUUCCUCAAUAACACCACUGAUUUGCAGCAAGUCGUACGCCUGUGUUUCAACGAGGAAUGCCAACAAUCUGCUUUAAUUGUCAGAGAAUCUGGCAAGCAGAGGCAGAAAACUGUGCCUGUUAAAUGAAAACAGCUGGCUUCAGUCAAAAUGUCAAUGUGUCCUUUUAAAAGGAGUAGCUUACCUGAAGAUUUUGUGCAGAGGUCAAUGUUGAGGUCUUAAAGUUUUCAGCCUGAUGUGUUCAAGAAAACUUGUAGUGAUUUUGGGCUCGAUGAGACCAGAACUCACAGGGAAACAUCUGAAUGUCCUGUGAUUUAAAACUAUUUCCCGAGCCUUGAGGGUGAUUGGGUGGGAAACCAGCAAUGCAACUCCACGCUCAUUAACAGCACCAGUGGCAGCUUGUUCUGUCUCAGGUGGAGGUGUUAGUUCUUGACAUUUACUGUAAAAGUAUUUGUACUUGUUUUCAAACUUGACUUCUGGUCUGUGCUACGAGCUGUCCUCAGCAGCACCAAUGGAUGUCUAUGUCAUAAACUAAACAGUUGAGAAAACAGUUAGAAGAUUAAUCAAUUUUGAAAAUAAUCCUUAGUUGUGGCCUAGAGGAAAGUUAUCCAGUGCAGAUAGAGAUAAGUUAAUCAGACCUUUAUGAAUUUUGAGUUAAUUGUUCUCACUUAAAUGGCAUUAAAACAAAAUUUUGAAACAUCAGGACCUCAGGAAGAAUAGCUGCUGCAAUGCCGUAGCUCAUGGGGAUCCUAUUAAACUAAACUAAACCAGGUAAAAACUAUGUACAUACAAAUUACAACAACUCAAUAUAGCAAUAUAAAUAUUUAAUUAAUCCAAGUGAAAAAAAUGGGUGAAGCUAUAUUUUAUGGGUCUGAAUUUUCAGAAUCAUUUUCGAGUAGUAUCCUGCAAUGAACUAUGCAGACCAUGUUCAGUCGGUAUGCUCACAAUUACUUAAUCCUGUUUAAUUACCAGCUGACUGUGCAAAUCAGUCUAUAGGCAAACACACAUUUCAACACAUCUGAAGAAUAAGAUAAUAAAAAAAGAAUAUUUACUGGGGGUGUAAUGAUACAUCGAUCUGAAUCAACAUAUCGAUUCAGUGAUCAACAAGUGUAAACAUUACAUAUCGCCAUCUUUAAUGUACACCUUCAUUUUGAAAUUCCCAUAGGACAUUUGUGUCACCAUUCCCAUCCAAGUGCACCUCUUUCCUGUACAUUCAAACUGUGCAGGCGGUCUAGCGAUGGGCAGAUAAUGGCAAGCAGCCAAGAAAAAGACUGAGGAUAAUUACUGAUAUCAUCUCAUAUAGAUUGAAUUGAAUCGAAUCAGAGUAAUACAGUGGUCAACUUUGUACUAUCAGCAAAUAUCGUAUUUUCUUCAGUUUCAUUUUGUACCAUGAUUAAACUUGUGAUUUACACCCCUAAUGUUAGUACCAAAAUGCAUUGUUAUUUCCAGGAAAUGGAAAAUUAUAAGGAAAUAACAGACCUGUAAGAUAAAGCAUUACGAAAAGCAGUUAUAUGUAGAUAGCUCCAGGUGAAAUUAAAUUCUCUUACCAUAAAUAAUCUUUUCUGUAGAGAGAGAGAUGAUUGAGACGGCGUUAAAGAAUCAAGAAUGAGCUGUAAAACGGUAAUCUGUUUGGGAAGCAGUAGAUGAAGCUUGUUAGCCCACUCUGCUCAUGUAAACUCUCAGCUGAGAAACAUCUAGCUAAGCAUCCACCCAGUGAGGAGCUGAACUCUGCUAAACUGUUCAUUUACUGUAACUUUUCUGACCUUCAAGUUGUGCUGAAAUGGUUCUGUGAAUGUAUAUUUAUGCAUUGGUGCUGCUGCGGACGCUUCUACCAGUAACUGUUGUCCACUCAUUUUAUGGUGUGUAUUGCUAAUAUUUUUUUUACAUAUCACUCAUCUCAUGUGGAGCUGCAUCUUUUUAUUGUCUAGAGCCCAAGCAUCACAACCACAACCUUGUUAAUAUGACCUGUGUUAUGUGUCUACUUCACAAAGUUGACCACAUAGAACACCGUGUUACCGUCAGGGCCGGAUUACACUAGAAAGGAAGUGGUUUGUACCACAUGUUGUCUUCACACACUGGAGGGCAGAGUGAAAAGCUAGCUGUUUAAACAUGGGGAUAAAGGUUAGUCUCUCUUGGAAGGCUUUCAUAGUGUUGCACUUGGUUGCUCACAUGAGAAGUGACAGAAAUAGUUUAGUCAGGAAUGAAAAAAGAGAGCUAAAGAAAAGGUCAAUCCCUUGCUCCUCUCACCAGGCCCAGUGUGAAAUGGGUGUUAAUGCUGGUUUUGGAAACUUAUAGAAAGGGUCGUACACAGAUCCCACUACCCGGCAUCAGAAAAGUGUCGGGGGAGGCCACUUCAUCUCCACUUCUGGUGCCCCCCAUGGGACCUUAUUUCAGAAAACAUAUAUAUGGUAGUCAACGGCAAGAGACUUUUGAUCCUGUGUCAAUUGCGCAAUGAGUAACACGUGAUGUUUGCCAGUUUAAAAGAUAAUUUGCAAGUCAAGAAAGUCACAGUGUGUUGUAAUGCCAUUUAGUUUUGUGUGAAAUUGCUCAGUGAAGUAGAUCUCGUCUCACACAAUAUAACUAACUCCAGCUAGCAACGCUAUGGCUAACUUAGCUAUGUUCCAUACACAAAUGUAUUGUUAUCUCACCUGCUGCAUUUUACCCAGUGACUCCAAGCCUUUUAAGCAACCGGAAAGUUCAAGAAUAAGCAAGAGCCAGUGCUUUUGUGAGAACAUCCUGGUACAAAACACAGAGUCAUCACAGCUUUAUCAAGAGAGAAAUUUAUGUCAUCACUUUGGCGAUCCUCUGUUGUCCUUCCAAAUAUGUCUUCUUACAGUCUAAGGCUGUGCUCAUGUGCUCCUAUCCGAUGAUCCUAUUUCCUGAGCCAGGAAGUGGUAUCGCUGAAUUUAGUGUGAUCAGGAUCUUAAGGUCGAAAUGCGGAAAAACAUAGCCGUUACACAGAUGUGUCAGAGCAUUUAAACAAUACUUUGACAACAGUUUAAAGCUUUACAUCAUAAAGUGAUUUUGUCCCAGACUUGUUGCUGCACCAGAACAUCCCCCGAAACUACUGAAAUAUUGCUUUACCUGAUAACUGCUAAUAACUAACUUUUCUAGCUUAUCUGGGUCACGAAGUGGGCAGCGACUGUUAUAACCUAAUACCAUAUUACAAAUUACAUGUAAACAAAAACUGACAUUCAUAAUGUGAACCAGAUAUAUUCCCACCAACCCAACAUUUACUUUCAUCCGCUAUGUUUCUGCAUAUAUGACAUCAACUCAGCAACUUGUGUUCCAAAUUUGCAGCCUUCCCAAAUUGUCAUUCAGAUUUGAGGGGGUGGUCAUGGGAAUUUUCCCAAUCAGGAACUCUGUUUUCAGAAUAUUCCUACACCACAUGAAUGUAGGGUUAUACUUAAACUGUUUUACAACAAACUACAACUGCAACACAAUAUUGCUACAAUUCAGAUGAUGAUUUGUCUCUUGCCAUUGACUACCAUACAUAUUUUUUUCCGAAAUAAGGAGCCAUGGUGGUCCACCAGAAGGAAAGGGACUUUGCCUCUAUAUGCGACCAUCUGACAAGCCCUUCUGAUAGUGUAUAAAGGCCCCUUCAGUGUCACCACUACCUCCACUAUGAUCAAACUUAGUGUCCGACACCAAGAUAACAGCUAUUAAUGUUCUUGUAAAGACUGGUUUGAAUGUUACUGUUGGAAAGAUUUAAAUGACUUAGCUAACUAAUGUUAGAGAGAGAUUAUAUUGAUGGAUUAUAAAGCAUCAUCAUGUUUGUCUCUGGGCUACCUCUGUUUUCUGCUAACAGCAGAGUGGUUCCAUUGUGUUUUUUAUCGCUUAGUCGCACCUGUGUCAUCAAAACAUCAGGGCGACCGUCCCCUCCCUGCUGUCAUUCCCACACUCUGAUGAAAUCUUUUAAACGCAAAAGUCAUGUUGCUGCUUGUCGGCAGUUUGACUCCUCUCAUAUGUUAUCACAGGUGGCAUCGGGUUGUAAAAGACUUGGGAGAUUGUUUGCACUUGGGAGAUCAACUGAGCAAAAUCGUCUUUCGUCCACUUUGUGUUACACCCGGUGACGUGUUGUUGUGAUCCAUGUUGUCCGUUUGGCUUCAGUCACACACAAAAAUAAGAAAUGCUGACAUGACGGAGGCCUUAACAUUUUGCUUCCAAAGACACACAAAAUGUUUACUGUUGUGGACACAAACGUCUCAGUGGUCUUAAAAGCUAUCAGGUGCUGCACUGUACAGAGUUUUUAUGCACGUGAAUUUUUGUCUGUUGGAAAGUUUGAACGUAAAAUCCAUCACAGCCUUCGACAGCACUUGGCGGACAGAAAAACAGAUCGUCCUUCUAUGCUCCUUCUUUUAUGCACGAUGUGUAAUGAGAAGUCCUCAAAGUACUCUAACUCAGUCUGCUGAGGAAGAUAGUGUGAUACAAUUGAAAGCUCCAGAGCAGGUGACAUUGUUUUUGUCAAAAGCCAGAUGGUCUUAUCAGCUGACUGCAGCAUGAAAACAUGUUAGCAUCCUUUCGACAAGCAAAACAUUAGACAACUGCUGCUACAAAUUUGACUUUGACUGGAAAGAAGAUGUUACAUUUAAUUGGCCGGUGAAAUAGUUGUCAACACUAGAGAUUUUAUACCUCUCCUCCAUUGUUUUUGUUAAAGGAUCAUACCUGUGGGAUUUUUUUUUUUUUUUUUUUGUACAUUUUAGCCAUUUACCACAGAUCAUAUAUACGUCAAAUAACUGUAACCUUGACAGCAGUGCGACAAGACAUGCUAUUCACCUUGAUAGAUUUUUCCAGAUGUCUAACAGAGACUGAAAGCUGCCUGCUGGAAAAAUACUGUACAUGGGAAAUAGUCAGCUAUAAUGUAAAUGUGCUAAAACAAAGGGGGAAAAUAGUACGGUCCUUUAGCAUCUUUAACCAUUUCUUCCUGAAACAGAUGUUGCUGCAUUAAAGGGAUAGUUUGGAUCUUUUUAAGUGGGGCUAUAUGAGGCACUUAUUCAUAGUCAGUGUAUUACCUAUAGUAGAUGGCAGUCGCUACACCAAGCAAGUACUGCUGUGGAAAGGUGAGCAACAAAAUGUAUUUAAGCUACCUAAAAGAAGGCCCAUUUAUCUAUCAGUUUAAAUGUACACUGUAUUUAGAAUUUUUUCUCUGCUUUACUAAGCCAUCAGACAGCAACUUCCGACAGGGAACUGAAGCUAUUGUAUCAUUCUCUUCUAAGCCAGACUCCAUUGAGAAAAACAGCACACAGCUGCUGGUCUACUGCUGCCUCGGUAGGUUAGUUUGUUUUAGGGUUGCACGAUAAUAUCGGGACGUCAUUGAUAUCGGCUGAUAUUGGCUGUAAAAUAAAUAUCGGAAUCAGCCAACAUGCCUGUAAUAACAGUACAUCAUCGGCAUAGGACAAAAUCGGGUUUAAAAUUAGCUAUCAGAAUUGGCCAACACGCUUUUUCUUAUAUUGCGCAAUGAAUGAAUGUUAUAUUUAUUGAAAAGUAUUGUAUUUCAUGUGUCCAUCUGCUGGUGGGCCAUCACAGUAAGAGUAUGCAUGCAUAGUAUGAUGUUAAUUCCACUACAGAGGAGACUUGAUGAUUACUAAAAUUAGGUAGAGAAAAAAAGUGGAUAUAUUGAUAUUAGUUAUCGGUCAAAUGAGUUGUAGUCUUGCUUACCAGACCUUUCUCAAGAAAAGAAAGGUCUGGCUGCGCCGACUCUCACUUUAAGAUUGGAGGAAAAAAACGCCCCGGCUUUUUUUAUUUCUUUCAACAAAUCACAAUCGUUCUGGGUGUUGCCACAGCAACGGUGUGCUUGCAAAAAUAUUGCCGGGGGGAAACAGGUUUUGGUGUAACACGCCCACAAAAAUAACGCCUACAGGACGCAAACCAUGGCAGAAAAAUGGCUACAUCCCCGCAAGAUCAAACACCGCAAAAGUUAGUAAAGGACGUUUGUCAACUAUGACAACCGGAGGUGGUAGGGCGGGAAUUCAGCGGGUGGCUUGUUCCGCCCAAUGAGAGGCUGAUCUCUGCAGUGAACUUCCGCCCACUCAGACUAAAUGAGUUGUUACAUAUCGGCAUAUAGGAUAUCGACAAAAAAUACAAUACCGUGCAUCUCUAGUUUGUUUGUUACUGUGUGACUCUGGCCUUUCAAAGGGUUAGAUCAGAUUCACUGAAGUCACAAAAUAUAACAACUAAACUAACUGAUCAAGGUAGAGGUAGACCAGCAGCUUCCAUGUUCAGUGAGUUAAAAUUACUAUUUUUGCCAAUGCAGUCUGGCUUUGACAAGAGCAUAGAUGGGGAACUGAAGCAGUUAACUGCUUCCCUGUCAGAAACGGUCAUCUGCAGGAAGGUAAAGUGAUGAAAAUACUCUCAGUAUUGCAUACACUUGAACUAAUACUGAUUGUCCACAGCAGUAUAUUACUCAGCUUCCACGCUGGUACUCCUGCCUGCUUCUCCAAACUGGAAGAGUGCUGACCACCAUCUACUGUAGGUAAUACACUCACAAUGAAUAAGUACCUCAAACAGCCCCACUUUAAAGGAUCUGAAGUAUCGCUUUAACUCUGUGCUGCUCUACAGCUGUUCAUAAUGGAGUCAACACCGGUCUGCAGCGGAAACACAAACACACACUCACUGUACAUCAGUGUGAGGAGAUAUCCAUCAGUGCUGUGUGGCGGCGACACAGACGCUGCUUUAAGUGACAGACGAUAGUCUAAAUCUGCUUUAUUGAACGUGCUUCAGUUGAUAUGCAGAGUGUCUAUGGGAGAUAAAGCUUUAUUAACAAGUGUAAAUGGAUAUUUUUCUAAAAAUCUGUUGUAAAGUGGCAAAGAGGUUGAUUUUUAUAAGAGACUAAAGGACAUCAUGGAAACACACGAUGGGUUUAAAAGUGUUGUUUUUUUUUCAAAUGUAUUAAAGUUGUUCAUAUUUCCACCAACAUCACAGUUUGUUAAAAAUCCACUUGUUUCUAAGAGAUCAUCUCAAGAUGAGGCAGCCAUUUUGUUUUGAGUGUGGUUUGUAGUUACAGUAUUAAAGCAGCUCUAUACAAUAUUCAGAGCGUUAAUACAGCAGUAAACACCUAUUUGUUAUGUAAAGAUAUAGUGGAGUGAUGGCGUCCUGAGCAGAGUGAAGUCGCGCUCCCUGUGUGUGUCUUAGUCUGAGCUUCUCUGUUGUUUGUUGUGAUUGGAAGCCCACUGGCUAGCUCAUUGCUGCUGCUCUGCACUGCUCUUAUAUGGCAGUUACCACUGAUAUCAGGGCCAUGGCAUCACAAAAGCGUAGCACCCACCCUCCUGUUCCCCCCCCAGGGUAACACCAUUAGCUCUGUCAGCACUGUUGCUUGUUAGCACCGUUAGCUGCUAGCCGUUGGCUCAGAAACCUCCAUGUUGAGAGUCAUGUGUAGACAACCUCUGAAUCACAGAUAAGCUCUGAAUAUCAUAUAGAGCUCCUUUAAAUGGGAUGAUGGUUGAUAUAAAACAAGAGAUGGGGUUGUUAUUAUAAAAGCACGAAUGCACGAGGAACUGCUGUAAAUGUGGGACGGAGCAGGGAGACGUUUGACUAAAAUGCUGUGAAAUGGCUCAUCCGACGCCGUUGGUGCUCCCACUGUUAGACUGAAACAUACACUGAGCGCUGCUGGAGAGCUCAACGUAGAAAAAAAACUCCUUUUAGAAGAAAGUGAAAUCAAAUUGUGACGAAAUCUAAUGUAUUAAUGUAACAUGGUCAAGACUGAAAGGCUGACCAUGCACUGCGCAGCGUGUUUUUUGUUGUUCAGUGUAAACUCACACUUGGACGUAGCUUUAUCUUCAUCACAUGUAACAGUCAAUCAAGGAAACUAAAAUCAGUCACACACACGGAUGUUCAUAUCAGCUUGAGGAAUAAGCAAUUUCACUGAAAUCUAUUCUGGGAUACACAUUGAAAUGUCUUAAUGUCUGUUGUCGGAGGAUGUCCUUUUAUUUUUUAAAAAGAUGUUUAAUUUGUUAACAGUUUUGUUAUAGUACUAUACUGUGUUUUAUUGUACAACAUCUUGACUUUUCACCCAUGCCUACUUCUCUAGCUGUUCAGUUUUUGUUCUGAAAGUUAAAUUAAGAGUUGUUUUUUUUUAAAAUGACUGAUCAUUGUUUUUCUUUUUUUGUGAUUGAUUUGACACUUUAACUCCUUGAACUGCUGUUUUGCUUUUUUAAAGAUUGCAUAUUUGUCUGUCUGUUGGAAUUAAGUGAUUGAUAUGACUGUUGGGAUUAGUGGGAUUGAUCUGGUUACAGGGUAUCCAUCUAUUGAAUGGACGGGAUGAUUUUACAUUAUGCAAAAAGCUUGAAUUAAAUUAGCACUUGUACAGCAAUUAAAAACGCUUAUUAUGUU